CUUCAACUAGUUUUAACAAUCUCUGUUCUUUCUUUCACCUCCGUCUUCGCCUCCCCUCCCGCUAUCCUUUUCUUAUUUUCUUUUUCUCCAGCGGGUCCGGGACUCCUUUACUUCAUUCUUUUCUCCGAUUCUUCUGUCUUAUUUGACCGGCAAUGUUCGUACGACCCACUUUGAUCUUGGCUUCUGUGACUCUGGCGCUGGCGGCGGUGGUUCCGAAGAAGCGUGCGACUGUCUGCAACGGACACGCUGAGCUGUGCGACCGACUCUACUCAAACGUCACGUACAUCGGCGCGCACGACUCCUUCGCGUUCAGCAAAGAUCCCCUUGCCCUUGCGCGCGACCAAGAGAUCGACAUCCCGUCGCAACUCGCGCUGGGCGUGCGACUUCUACAAGCUCAAUCGCACAUCGACAACGGCGUCCUCAAGUUCUGCCACACCUCUUGCACGCUGUUCGACGGGGGCUCCGUGCAGGACUACCUCACGAAAGUCAAGACCUUCCUCGACGCGAACCCGAACGAAGUGCUCACGCUCAUAUUCACGAACCCCGACGGCGCAGAUCUGCAAACUCAGUGGAAGCCCGCAUUCGAUAACGCGGGCAUCUCGGAUCUCGCGUUCGUGCCGCCAUCGCUGCCCGUCAAGCAAGCCGACUGGCCGACGCUCGGGCAGAUGAUCGAUUCGGGCAAACGCGUGGUGGUGUUCCUGGACGCGGGCGCCGACGGCGCGAACCCCGUCGACUUCAUCCUCCCGGAGUUCCCGAUGAUCUGGGAGACGCCGUUCUCCGUCACGGACAAGACGUUCCCGUGCUCCAUAGACAGGAUCGCGGGCCCGCUGGGCGCGGCGGACCACAUGUACAUGAUCAACCACUCGUUCAACGUGAAUAUCCUGCCGUUUGGGGGUGGGGUCAUCGUCAGCGACCCGCUCGACGCCCCGACGACGAAUAGUGUUGAUUCUAUCCUCGCGAACGCUGCUGGAUGCAACGCCCUGGGCUCUGGACGAGCCCCCAACUUUGUGCUGCUCGAUUUCGUCAAUCUCGGGCAAGGGUUUGCGGCCGCAGACAAGUUGAACGGUCUUGCUUGAAGCUGGGUUGGAGCGUCGUCAUUAUUACUUGGGCAGUUUCGCUUUGCAUAAUGGGUAUAUCAGUUCAGUUGGUAGUAACUCUCGCGGUCACGGAGGUACAGCACCUUCCAGCAAGUGGUACUUACCUGAAUGGUCUGAGUUGCCAGUGGAACGUUUGUCACUGUCACUCUCGCUCGCCUUCCGGGAUUUCAAAUAAGUCGUCACGGGACAAAGGGGUCACUGGUCAAUAAACGACGCGUCGCGUGUCUCGACUUGAUCUCUCUUCAUCUCCCCCAUGAAUCAAGACGACUCCAUUGCAAUUCUAUUUUCCUUUUACGACUAUGGCCCCAUUCAACCUAACACCGACGAGUUCGAGCAACCGAAACGCAUGCGAUUCUGGGAUGGGCCUAUCCGCGCAUUUCUUCGAGACCAGGGGGCUACAUGAUGAAUGAUUUCUGCUUGUUGGAAGAUGAAGUAAUCGACUCGAUCGGAUGCUACAUGUUUCCCGAGACGCCUUGUGCUACAGCGAGGCCCCAGGAUCCCCGCUUUGCGUCUAUGGAAUCAUCCCCAGCGGAGGCUUGGAGGGUGUUGUACACAAAGCCUUUACAGGCACAUACCGAUGGUAGACACGUCUUUGCUCAGGAAACCGAGCAUCCGGAGAACCAUGUCGCCAUCAAGCUCAUUCGGCACGACAGCCCCGAGCACCACAUUAUGAAGCUUUUGCAAGAAGAGGCAGAGGGGAAACCUAUUCGCGGCCUAGUUCCCGUUCUCAAGCUUCUACCGUUUGGUGGGCAUUGGCUUGCGGUCAUGCCGCGGUGGAGCGGCAAUGUUGACAGUCUACGACCCCGGACUACCGGGCAGGUGCCGGACCGAUUUGAAGAUGCGCUUUCUGGCUUGGCCUACCUGCAUGAGCGGAGAAUCGUCCAUAAGCGAUAUGCUGGUCAACCAUGUUCCCAUCCGGGUCGAACUGUUAGAGGAAAUGUCCAAUCCUAUACGUCUGCAGUUGAGGGAACAAGGGCGGCUGAAUUUGGCUCUGUUCGACUAUAAUCUCUCGCUUGUCUUCCCGAGAGUUGGCGCUCGCACGCUCGUCUUUUGAGGAUCAUUGGAUCGGUCAGUGGAAAACAGACUCCGAUAUCGCUCAGGAUGACUAUCAAUACAGCCCUUUUGCUCUGGACGUUGUGCGCAUGGCAGACUACAUGGGUGGAUGCAUCUAGCAUCUGACACCCAUCGCCCCAUCCUCGCGCCUGCAACCGAUGGCAUGGUCCACUUGCAUGCGCCAUCCAGCUUGACUGCAGCAGGGGCCUUGCCAUCUCCUUACGGGAUCUCAGACGAGAGUACGAUCCUGCCAUGGCACAUCUUUCUGCACCCACCAUUGAGGAGAUGAGUUGCGGAUAUCUGUCUCUGCGGGAUUGUGACCGGUGGAAAGGACUGCCCGAGGACUUCAUCCUGCGUUGGAGACAUCUGCGCAUGCCACCGAUCCCACCUCAUAGCCGGCUGCUCCGCUUCCUCUGCUCGUUUGAACCUAUCUGUAAAGUUAUUCAGGCGGUCCGCCGCGCAGCAGAUGGUCUGUUUGGCACAGCAUAUAUAUAUCUAUGUCGACCAUAGACAUCGUGUGAAACACGUGCUUUUCACAUGACCGCGUGUAAUGGCGUUGUACUUGGUACUUAACUUAUAUCUGCUCACUUCUCCCUCUCUUCUCAUAAAAGCACAGUUCUGUUUAUGUUUCCAUGCUACAAUGCCCAUUUCAUGCUUUCUUUCGCC